UUUGGUGGACGUUGUUCACUCACGAGAGCGACGUACGCAAGUGAGUCUCUUUCAGUGGAUAGAUCCUUAAAUUGGGUUAUUAGGUUACUACGUACAAUCCGUCAAACAUCUUUGCAAAGGUUUUGUGAGGAGUGGAGGAGUUUUUAAACCAAAUAUUGAAGAAAAAGACUAUGCGGAUAUCUAGAGGGGGGGAAAAAAAGCGACUCCGGUGGGACUCGAACCCACAACCUUUGAAUCACUUCGCUAGUGCUUUGCCUAGAAGUCCAAUGCGCUAUCCAUUGCGCCACGGAGCCGUGAGUAAGAGCUCGUGAUCGGGACAGAACCCGGAAGUGUGGCAAUAUCGAAAUAUACAGCAAAUGUCGGAAAGUACACAAGCAGUAGAGGCUGUAAACUGAUGUGUGUGUGUGUCAGAAGAUCACUCUUUUUCCUUAGUGUUACAGCGGUGAAGAAACUUGAAUGCUGUUGAAGUUAUGAACACUCUGGAGUUAGCAGCACAGCUGGAGGAGUGUCUCCACCUGGCCAGGAGAGACAUCACUGCAGCGGACAAGGAGAUGUUCAAGAAUGCCAGAGGUGUGCUGUCAGCCGAAUUGAACACACUUCUGCAGGAGGCGGUGGACAUGAAAUGGCCGUUUGUUGAGGAGAAAUGGCAGUACAAGCGUUCCGUGGCAGUAGAAGACAAAGUGAACACUACAGAGCUCAUUGGAAAACAUCUUCCUCAGUUAAUGCUCUUCCUCAGGGCAUCCAUCAUGGCUGCCGAGCCAGCAUGGGCAAUGUCCGUCAUCUUUCUCCUAGACCGCUUUCUUUACUGGAUGGACGGCUCGCACACACUCCUGAAGAUCGCCAAAGCACUACACAUGCGCUACCCAGAUACCCAAGUCGCCCCUCAGAUUAUCAUUCGACAGGCCAGAGUCUACCUCAACACCGGUAAACUACAGAAAGCAGAGUACAUACUGAGCAGUUUGAUCAAUAACAAUGGAGCAACUGGGUGUUGGAAAUACCAGCGGGAAUGUGAUCGGAUUCUCGUUCAGUCAGUCUGCGUGCAAGUACGGGGACAGGUGCUACAAAAGCUAGGUCUGUGGCUGGAGGCUGCAGAACUCAUCUGGGCAUCGCUUGUCGGUUUCUAUGUGCUGCCUCUUCCUGAUAAAAAGGGUAUUGGAGCAUCUCUUGGGCUUCUUGCCAACAUCCUGAACUCCAUGAACGAAAAAGACUUUGCUACAUUUCAGAAAAAGCCUCAUAUUAACCUGAGUUAUUUAGGAGACUGUAGUCAUCGGCUGCUCUGCGCAGCUCAGGCUGCCAAGAUGGCCGCCGUGUACAGCCAGUUCAGCUCUCUGUUUGCACUUACCCAUAUGGUUGCUCAAGGAACUUGCCUCCUGUCCUACAGUUUUUCCAGCAACUGUCCUGCUCCAGCUAAGCACACAUAUCUCAAUUUGGCUAAAGAAGCUUUUGAGAAUGGUUUGCUAACGAAGAAAGACAUUAAAGCGGUCACAAGUCAACAGGAACUACAUACGCUCCUCCGAGCAGCGUACAGCUUAGCCAUAACCAACAGGUGGCUGUUUGGUCUGAGUGCCCAGGUUAAUGCGGCUGUCCAGGCUUGCCAGGAAGCUGUGGGUCUUUUUUAUACUUACUGCUUUAAAGACGACUCUGAUAAGAACCUGCUUUCUUCCAAAGUCAUGGCAAAGCUACAGCUUGUUAAGGCGCUUCUCAAGACGAAGCCCUACAAAAAUUCCGACCCGCGUUCGUUUAUCCCGGAUAGUUAUCGUGCCAUAGAGGACAGACCUAUCCCCUUCACCAUGGACGAUUUCGCUAAGUUAUUGGAAUGUUUUCAAAAGCACCACAAAUCAGUGUGUGAAGCUUUUUCCGUGCAGAGAUGUGGAGUAAAGAAACAGGAUGCAGGUCAUGCCGACUGUAUCACAGCGUUUCUAACAAGAACAGAGUCAUUUGCUACAGAAUGUCAUACUACAAGCCAUAAAUCAAGCGAAAACUUUUCGCCGGAAUUCUCAGAUCGGCUGGUGGAAACCAUCCCUGAUACAAUAGAUUGUGAGGAAAAGAAGCAAGGUAAAAAACGUCCAAAGGCUGAAAAAACAAGAUUGUCUGGAGGAAGCAGCAGUUUAGGAUCUUCAUGGACAUCCCUGUCUGAUAUUGCUGCGACUUCACCAGUUCUCGUUGAUCCUUUCUGUUGCACAGAUGUAGACGAUGACAAUGAUGGAUUUGUCAGCAAGCAUAAGAGAUGUAAUUAUCCUGAAGACAAAAGUGCCCAAACUGCUAAUGCUAGCAAUCAAACCAGAACAGAUCUAUCCCUUCAGCCGAUCAGCAAUAAUCUGAAGACGAACAUGCAAGAGCUUUGCAUUACUUUGGGGAGUGAAGACAACAAGGAUGGAUGUACAGGGGAUAGCAAGUCUAAUGUUAGCCAUCCAACCAGCACAGAUUUUUCCUUUCUUUCUAGCAGUAGCCAUGGACGGUCAAAUCAAACACUUUGCACCACCUUGGGAAGUGAAGAGAACUAUCGAAAUAAUUAUGACGGGACCGACAAAAAGACAGGAACUUCAUCCGAAUCCAUUAGUAGCUUGGGUUCUUCAUGGCAAAGCGUCUCAUUUUCCAAAUCACCUCACUUUGGAGACUUAACCGAGGCCUUCGAGAACAAGCAAGCAGCCGAUCAAAACUGUGACACGUUACCAAGCGAGGGCGGCCCUGCUAGUUCCUUUGAGUGUCUUAACCUCAAUUCUUCAGCAUCAUUUAUUCAAAAAGAACACUUUAGCUCUUCCUUCCAGACAGGAAAUGAUGCAAGCAAGUCCCAGACUGGAAGUUUAGACCACAAACAGUCCUUACCUUCUACUGAGUUUGACUCGUUUGAAUUCUUGCAGGUUGACGAGCCCGAAGCAAAACAAGAAAACUCAGCUGCAGCGAACAACCCUAUGAAAGGCAACAUAAAGGGUUCUCCUCCUGUUGAAAAUAAAGACGAUGCCCAUAAACGUUCUCACAUGGCGUCCAACAAGAACGACACCCCUUUUUCCAAUAUGAGUUGUCGGAAUGGAUGUUUUCAGGGUUGCACCAUGGGAAGUGUGGUUUUGUCAGAGCAGGACUACAGAUCUCUACUCUCUGGAGUGUGCCAGGGAUGCCUACUGAGGAGGCUUCCGGACAAGCCAUUCCAACUUAGCCAUUACAACAAAGCCUAUAGUGCACUUUUGUUAAAAUACUCCAAGACUACGGACUCAUGGACAGCCUGCGAGACGAACGUGUUUGUGGGUGAAGUGCUAAAGAUGGACGUUGAAGGAAAACAGCGAAAGGCAUUCAGAGUCCAAUAUCUACACCAGGAAAUACUAUUGGGAAGUUAUGUAGGAAAGGAGUAUUUGAAAGAAAGGAAGAUCGACACGCACCUGGGCGAUGUGGAAAGACAGAUGACGGCUCAGUUUUAUGUCAUGGAGUUCAACAAGCGUCUUUAUGAGAGCAACAUCACCACACAGAUCUUCUACCUUCCCUCUGAGCUACUGCUGCUCCUGGAGUCUGACACCAUCAUAGCCUGUGUUUCAGUAGAACCGUACAUGCUGGGGGAAUUCGUGAAACUCACUAAUAACACGACGAAAAUCAACAACCAUCAUUCGACCACGGAAUACGGCAUCGCGUUCGGACACUUCACUUAUGAGUUCUCCAACAAGCAAGAGGUGGUGGUAGACCUGCAAGGCUGGAUGACGGCAAAUGGGAAAGGACUGAUGUAUCUUACGGAUCCUCAGAUCCAUACGCUCAGGAAGCCCAGAUCUGUUAAUAACUUCCACCAAAAUGGUAUCAGGAAGUUUUUACAGGAUCAGCACGGAGAGCACUGCAACUCCAUCUGUACGAGGGCUGCGCUGCACACACUCCCAGUACUAAGUGAAAAUUAACAUGAUUAAAUGAUGGAACAGUUUUUAUAGUUAAGCCUGACCUCGAGUGUGAUACUGUUUUAUACUUUUAUGUCAUUAUAUUUUUUCAAUAUACUGUAUGUUCAUUUAACUAGUUAACCUCAACUGGUGGGACUGACUAACCGUGACUGGCAGAGCUGGCGACCGACAGUUAGAGAAUUUAACAGGGGUGAAAAUAGUUUUUCUUACAUAAUUCUUACCGGUAAUAUGUAUCCAAAAGGUAAGGAAAAUAGACCAUGGAGAUGGUGGACAGUCCUGAGAAACCUUUAUACUUUAUAUAUUCCACUUAUUCCGUUUUGUCCAAAUUUCAGCUCCGUUAAAUACCGGAUUCCUGGAUUAAAUCACAAAUAGUGAUAAAUGGAAUGUUAGUGCACUAUGUAGGGUGUAUAAUCCCUUGUGCCACGCACCAAGUAGUGCUCUUGAUCUGGGGUUGGAGAGGGAUUGGGGAAUCAGUCUUGUGUCAGAAGUUAAUUGGCUUGGUAGCUCGUGUUAAAGAGACAUGAAUGAGGGAAAAAAAACUGUUAAAGGGAAAAAAAAUUGGGGGCAGGGAAUCUGGGAAAGAAAAAAAAACGGACAUGGGACGUGAGGGAAAAAAAACUGAAGAAGAAAAAACAGGACAUAGGAGGAAAAAAAAUCUAGACCACAUGACUUACUCCUGGAACAAUGAAUUCUUCAAGCUUUUAGGAGCAUUGCUGCUACCAUCUUGACUAAAUCGGCAACGCUGGAGAGUCAAGUUUUGCGAAACAAAAAAAAAAAAUCCAAUUUUUCCUUGAAUUUUUUUCCCAGCUUAAAUUUUUUUCCAUUCAUAUUUUUUUUAGCCUCGCAUUUUUUUUCAAGGUGGAAUUUUUAUUUUUCCUCCAACGUUUAUUUUUUUGCACCCAUGUCCCUUUAGGGGCUCAGUACCGGUUCAGAUGCAAUUCGGAACGACCUAGCAGCAAUUAUUAGGGAGAAAGUGUUGUAUAAGUUAAGAUAAUGUUAUCAGAUGUGUUUUCUUGCUGUAAAUGGUGCUGUGAGUGGUGGUUUUUAGCAGGCAGCUGCUCUCCACUCUUUCUAGUAAUGCGGACCAUACAGACCCGUGACAUAUAGUUAAAUGUCCCAGUGCUGUUAUGCUCAAUAUCAGAACUAACUGUUGUGUAAUUAACUAUAUAUCAGGAUAUCUGUUUUGUGUUUUUUUUUUAAAGACAACAUUAAAAGCUACCUGAGCAUAGAUAGAUAAAUGAAUAGAUGCAUAGAUAGAUGGAUGUACAUAUCUACUGCGAGUAUUGAGAGUACGAGGGCUUUAACUGAGAAAAACUACAUUCUGUUACAUUUCCUGUAAAUGACUGGGAAUAUUGCAAUCACUUUAAGUGUUUUUUUUUACUCAGUGUGUUAAUUCUGUCUAAUCUUUCAGUCAAUUUUCUCAUAUACACUAAGUUUUUAAUCGGGGGCAUUGGUGGAUCAGUGUUAGGUUUCUUGCCUACUAUGCAGAAAGCCCAGGUUCAAUUUCCAGCAAAUACCCAAAACCCCAGGCACUGGAUAAAAUGGGUGGGUUGCAUCAGGAAGAACAUCCGGUGUAAAACCUGUGCCAAGUUGUUUUGCGGAUCAGUUGGUCCGCUGUAACGACCCCUCAACGGGAGCAGCCAGAAGACUAACAACAACAACACUAUUUUGAUUCCCGUUUUUGAUGUUCAAUCAAUUUUUAAGAGAUUUAAAUAAAAGAGGCAUAAAGCAAAUUAAA